UUAGUUCUCUUGCCACACAAAGCCACGCCACCGCCGAGAGAAGGAAACCGGAGGCGACGAGAGGGAUGGCUUCCACGCUGCGGCGCGCGGCCGUCCUCCGCCGUGCCGUCUCCUUCGCAGCGCCGUCUCCCGCCGUCCGCCGCGCCGCCCGGCUCCCGAUCGCGCCGCGCCGCCCCUUCUCGCAGCCGUCUGCAGCGUCAGGUGAUCAGCCUCCCAAGUCUGCACUCGACAAGUUGAAUCCAUUAUUUGAGGAGGUCAUGAGAAAAGGAGUUUGUUCGAUGGAUCAAUAUAUGACACUUUGUUCGAUGGAUCAAUAUAUGACACUGGAAAUCGUCAAAAGAAAAUUUAAAUAAAACGAAUGGUCGAACAUUGGUUAAAAAGUCAACGGCGUCAUACAUUAAAAUGCGGAGGGAGUAGUUCUUUGUCAUUUGUCCUCUUCCCUUUUUGCAAACAUAUAUAUACUAAUAUUUUCUCUUUUUAGCAUCCAACAUGCUCGUAUAGAGUUCAAUCGAAAGGAAAAUGACUGACCAGGAUGGGAAGGCUGGAAGCCUGGAACGCAAGAGAUUAUGACAGUGUAGUAGUCUACAUCUGUGAAUUAAAUUACUGAGACACUAGCUUUUGAAUCAUGCUGUAGUAUGUUACUAGUUAAGUUCAUUUCUCAUUAUCAACCGUGUCCAGUAUAAACUUAACUGCCAAUGCUGCUCGAUGGAGGUCUUUAUAACAUAUGAUAUGUCACUUCUGCUGGACGAACUAUGUAUGAAAUAGAUGGUAGAGCUAACAAGUGUGACUGGGUGUAUUUUGGACCUUUCACACUAUUUCCAUGUCAUAUUCAACCAAAAAUGAAUUUCUUAA